ACGCGUAAGAAAUAAGUUGUACGCUUCGCUUGAACGCUCCCAACGCAAGCGAUGUUGCUAUAAAUAUAAUAAUUAAUAGAAAAUCGGUGUGACGCUCCUGCUUUGACAAAUUUUAUAUAUAUACAUACAUACAUUAUACACAUGCAUACAUAUGUGUGUGUGUAUAUAUGUGUUUAAGUACUCUAUGUGCAAUUAAAAUAAAUAAUUACGUUCUAGCAGAAAAGUACUGGCCGAUUACGUUGACAAUAAAUUAUUAAAUAAAUCAAAAAAUAUAUACAUAUUUAUAUUAAAAUAUAUUAAAUAAAUUUAUAAUUUUUUGGCAUUUUCUUUUUUGAAAAACUUUUGGUUUUCAAGUCGCGCGCAACAUACGUGCUUUUCGGUUUUAUAGCUUUUUUGCUGCAAUUAAAAAUUCGAAACGUGCGUCUCGAGCUAAACUACAACGAUUACCGCAAUUAAUCGAUUAAUUAUAACCGAAAUAUUUGUUUAACAACAAAGACACGCGCCAAUUUAACGUUUACAAUUGCACAUCGAAGGUGUUCAUAACAUUUUGUGUUUGUGUGCAUGUGCGCGCGUACAUGUGUGUGUGCUUUUGAUCCUUGCGCACAGCUGAUAAGCAGCUUCUAGUCGAAAAAGCAACGCGGUUCUGCCAAAUUUCACUUCCUUGUAAUACGUUUUACUUAUAAAAGUCACAAAUAAACAGAAGAAUCCAUACAAAAUGACGCGACCGAAGGAGGAUUCGAAGUUCAAAGCAUUCAUGCGAGAGAACUCGCUUACCAUGCUCACAGUAACUGGUGUGUUCCUUGGCGGUUUUGUGGGUUUCAUCAUCAAGAACAGCACAGGCGAGUGGACGAAGCGUGAGAUUAUGUACAUAUCCUUUCCCGGUGAACUUUUCUUGCGCAUGCUGAAAUGUUUAAUUGUACCAUUAUUGGUUUCAUCCAUAACGAGUGCCAUUGGUGGACUCGAUCUGAGUAUGUCGGGGAAGAUUGCUAUACGCGCUAACGCUUAUUAUUUUCUCACAACAAUAUCUGCCGUCGUUUUGGGCAUUUGUCUGGUAACAACAAUACGACCUGGACAGGGUGCAAAAAUCGUGGAAGUGCGCACUGAAUCUGUGGAUAAAGCAUCGAAAGUCCUAACCCCCGAUACGCUUAUGGAUUUAGUGAGAAAUAUGUUUACGGAUAAUAUCAUUCAAUCGACAAUGUUUCAGUAUCGCACGGAAAUUUUCGAAAACACGAGUAUAAGUCCACCAGUACCCAUGGAGGAGUGGGACUUUAAAUCAGCACAACGUGAGGGCUCCAACGUACUUGGCUUGGUUAUGUUUAGUGUAAUUUUGGGCACAACAAUCGGUCGCAUGCGUGAAAAGGGUCAAUUGCUACAAGACUUUUUCACCUCACUAAGUGAAGCUAUGAUGACUAUAACAUCCUGGGUCAUUUGGAUUUCACCGCUCGGUGUGGGUUUCCUUAUAGCUGCCAAAAUCAUUGAAAUGGACUCGAUAGCAGCCACUAUACAAUCUUUGGGUUGGUACUUUAUAACGGUAAUGUUGGGUUUGUUCCUGCACGGCUUCGGUACCAUUGCUGUGAUAUUCUUCUUGGGCACGGGCACACUACCUUACCGUUACAUUGCCAAAUUGAGUCAAGUCUUAGCCACUGCUUUUGGUACGGGCUCCAGUUCGGCCACCAUGCCACUUACCAUUAAAUGUCUUGACGGUAUUGGUAUCGAUCCGCGUGUUACACGUUUUGUCAUUCCGGUCGGCGCUACAAUCAAUAUGGAUGGUACGGCAUUGUAUGAGGCCGUGGCUGCACUUUUCAUUGCCCAAUACCGUGAGAUGAGCUAUUCCUUUGGCAAUAUUGUUGCGGUCAGUAUUACGGCCACGGCCGCGUCGAUAGGUGCCGCUGGCAUACCGCAAGCCGGUCUUGUAACUAUGGUGAUGGUGUUGGAUACUGUGGGACUGGAACCGAAGGAUGUCUCGCUGAUUAUAGCUGUCGAUUGGUUGCUGGAUCGCUUCCGUACCACCAUCAAUGUCAUGUGUGACGCCUUGGGCACCAUUUUGGUUAAUCAUCUAUCGAGAAAUGAUUUGCAAAGCGUCGAUCGGUUGAACGCCGAACCCCAUGAGCUCCUCGAACUUGGUGCGAAUGGGCAUGAAACGAAAGAAUGAAGACGAACCUUGCCUACCCCUCCCCGUAUAAAACCAAAGCCGAAACCGGCGCACGACACACACCGUUAGACGAACAUUUGUAGCAUAAUGUGAGGCGCGUUGUAGCAACGCUAUGUGGAGACGUGUGCGUGUGUGCAGCGUGUAUGUGCAAAGCAGCGGCGUCAACGCGACGUGGCCAAACAACGUUUUUUUGCCUGUGUCAAUACAAAUUCUAAACAUUUGUGCUUCCAAAGUACAAGUACAGCGAAUUUAUUUAUAAAUAUGUAUUAAAAAUAAAUAAUACGAUUUUUUGCAUAAACAAAUUAAUGCAUCAAAUGCACAUGUGCAUGUGCCAAAUCGCGGUAAGAACAAAGUGACACAACAAAGUUUUUACAAAAAAUUGGUUAUUUUAAAUAUAUGAAAAUUGUAAAUAAAAGACAGUUCAAAAUUUUUUUCUAAAAAUUAUUUAAAAAUUUUCCGUAAUAUUUUAUUUUCUAAAAAUAAAAUUAUAUUUAAAAAAUAUUAGUUCAUUAAUUUAAUUAAAAGUAAUUAAUUGAAAAAUUAAUUAAAAUUUAAUUAAAAUUUAAAUUUAAUUAAAAAUAAUUAAUUAAACUUUAAUUAAAAGUAAUUAAUUAAAAAAUUAAUUACAAAAUAAUUAAAUUUAAUUAACGUGAAUUAAUUAAAAUAUUGAAAUUACUAUUUUGAAUUGAAAUAUUAAUUAAUUAAUUAAAUUAAAAGUAAUUAAUGAAAGUAUAGAAAAUAAAUUAAUUUAAUAAUUAAAUACUGCAAAUGCUCAGCAUAUAGCAAGCAAAAAGCCGCAAUUUUGUAGUACAGUUAUAUGUUUGCUUAGUUGUUGGACACUGUUACAUAUUGACGAAAGUCGAAUAAUUGUUAAAUAAAUACAAAAACAAAAAUAGAGCGCCAGUUUAUUAUACUCAAAUGUUGGAAUUUUUGAACUCCGUAGUUUAAUGGAAAAAUAAUUGUAAUAGCGCAAACAUAACAGUUUAUUCUAUCUGACGUACUCUUUAGUAUCAGCAUUUACUUUGUAUGUAUAAGUGACUGUAUGUAGCAGAGCAGCAAAAGCAGUUCAAGUAUUUACAAAAAAAAUAAAAAAAAGCAGAAACAAAAAUAACUCGCCAAAAAUAUGCGCUGUUUUCAAAAAUAUACAUAUUUUUAAGCAAUUUUAAUAUAAAAUAUAAAAAAAUCAUAAAUUAAAUAAAAAAAAUUUUAAUUAUAAAAAAUUAUAAUAAUUUAUGAAAAAAUGUUAAUUUAUAAAAAAAUAAUAACUUAUAAAACAAAAAAUUGUAAUAUAGUGCAACAAUUAUAUUCAAAAUUUAUGCUAUGUUAAAAUAGUUACAUAAAUAUGUAAAACUUUCAACCGUACAGUUCAAAUUUAACCGUUACAAAGUAAGCAAAUAGCAACGAUUUCAAUACCAAAAGCUCGUUUUGCAAUAAAUUUUGCCAAAUACAUACAGAUUUACAACAACAGUUACAAAAAAAAAUUAAGAAAUAUUAAUUAAAUAUUCAAAUAUUACGUGUAAUUCACAAUUGUUAUUUCGCAAACUAAAAUCUUGAGUGUUCGUAUUAAGAACUUGUAAAUACUUAAUAGCAUAAGAUCGAUUUAUGACAAUAACGCGCAUCCAUAUGUCGGCAUAAGCGCAUGAAAAUAAAUUAAAAUUAUUGAAAUGUAUACAUAUACACAUACAAAAAUAUUUCAAAAUUCAAUAUUGAUUUUUUGGAGCAUAUAAAGUGCUAUUUUCGGUCCGAUAAGUGGUAGAAAAUUACAAAAAAAAAAGAAGUUAUAUACUCUUAUGUAUUAAAAUUUGCAUUAGUUGCGUAGAUAGUGCAUAGUGUCAUCAAUAACAAUAAAAUUAUAAAUAAAUUAAUUAAUUAGUUAUAAAUAA